AUGUCUGAGACGCAGCAGCAUCAGGAGGUGCCACCAACGUUGGCAGCCACGGAUGCAAGCUCUACGACGCCACCUGGGCCAGCACCGCCGCAGACUUCGCCUGUUCCUCCAACCGGGGCUGUACCGGCAACCUCUGGCGUUUGUGACACCUCUCAGAUGCUGACAAGCUUAGUGAGUUUGUUCUCACUUCAGCACCAAGCGAUCGCUACCAGCCAGCAGCAGAUGCACGCUUUUAUGGCGCAGCAGACAAGGUUCCAGCAGGAGAUGUAUGAGAUGCAAUCACGCGCUAAUCACCAUAAAUCAGAAGAAGCAGCGUACACCGCCGAGCAGAACAGUAAUGACUUCCGCUUCGUCUACAUGAUAGUACCGUUUCUGGGUAUAGACGUCAUGGCUUGGUACCGCAAAUUCAAGCAUGCGUUCAGGUCGUUGACGAAAAUGCACGAUCUGCAAGUCAAGACGACACAGCAAGAGUACAGCACCAAGUUUUUACAGUUGCUGUCCAUGAAGUCUACCAACAUGCCCGAGAUUGUGAAGCGCUAG